CUUGAAUGUCUAAGAUUUCCAAAGCAUUGGAGAAAAAGAGUGACUAUCUUCAAUAUGGGACUUGGCUUCCUUUGAAAGGUAUGAGAAAUCCAAAAGAAUUCCUUCGGCAACUGGUCUGUCCUGUGGACCGACGUCUCAAAGCUCAUUCCUCAGCGCUGAGACACAAAAUGACUUCACUGUCUACUGCUUUGCCAUCAAACCAACAGAAAAACACAACUUUUGCCAAGAAAGUCACAGUGGACAAGACAAAGGAAGGACAAAGUGUAGAUCUAGUCGAACUUUCUCUUGAUUGUGGUUCAAAGGCAGCUUUUCUAACGUACGGAGCAAGGAUAGUGUCUCUUUGUGGAGCCGAUGGUCACAACGUCACUCUGUCGUUGGAUACUUUGGCAGCAUAUGAAAGCGAUAAAUCAUAUCAGGGAGCUUCUAUUGGUAGAGUUUGCAAUCGCAUCAAAGAUGGACAGUUAACAAUAGGAAAGAAGACAUAUCAGCUCUCACAAAAUGAAGGCACUACGUGUACGCACGGGGGUUUGAAUGGUUUCGAUAAACAUGUUUGGAAGAUUGAAAGCUUAGGCGAGGAAACGCACAAGGCUUACGUAUUGAUGAGUACUUUCAGUCCAAACGGAGACCAGGGUUUCCCAGGUGACGUAAAGGCAACAGUGAAAUAUGAACUCGAGUGGGUCGCAGACAUUGCUUGUACCGUUUUAAAUAUUACUUACGGAGUAGAAUCACAAGCUGACUUUCCUACCGUAGUUAACCUGACGAAUCAUGUUUAUUGGAACUUGAGUGGGAAACAAAACCAAGGAGAGAAUAUUUGGUCGCAUACACUUCGACUGGGAACAAAAGAAUAUUUAGAAACUGACGCAAAACUGUUACCGACGGGAAGAAUCUUACAAGCGGAACCUCAAUCCUAUUUGGACUUCACCGAAGAAAGGCUACUAAAGGGACCUCCGAAAGAAGAGACUGGAAUUAGAAAUGGUUAUGAUCACUUCUUCGUCUUCGAUAAGACUGGAACAAAAACAAUUAUGAACUGGAUGAGUACUGUUCGUCAUGCAGAGUCCAAAAGAACUCUCCAACUCUAUAGUGAUCAACCAGGUGUACAAUUUUACACCGGUACCUUCCUUCAAGCUUCAACAAUGUUUCCGUUUCAUCAAUAUCAAGGUUUCUGUUUAGAACCAAGCGGCUUUAUCGAUGCAGUUCAUCAUUCGAACUUUCCUAGUAUUCUACUAAAUCCAAAGGAAACUAAAACUCAGAAAAUACAGUUCCAGCUUUUCUGUAACUCUUAGUAACUGAUGAACCAUUCAGGGAAUCUUCCAAAAUCGAUUCUGGAGUACAAUCUAUAAAGCCUUUUUGUUCUUGCCAAUAUUUAGCAAUUCUU